AAGAUGCCAAAUUUUUCAGAAAUGUCAAGUAUGGUAGAACUGCAUCUGAAUCACUCCCCCAAACUCACUGAGAUUCUAGGCUUGCGUAAGUCGUUUAACACUGUGAGAAGGAUUCGUAUGGAAGGGUGCACCAAUCUCACUGCUGCUUUUAAAAAAACAAUCCUACAGGAAUGGAGCGCGAGGGGAAAUGGUGAUCUUUUUCUCCCCGGAACUGAUUUUCCACCAGGGUUUACAUCCGUUGACCCUAAGGGUGAAAUAGUAGUGCCGCAAUGUUUUGGCUAUGAUGCAAAAGCAUUGACUCUGUGCAUUAUUUAUUCUUCAGACGACUCCCAAUCCGGUGAUUCUCUUUGCAUCCGUGUUGCAAAUCGUACCAAGCACACUGAGUUUUUCAUCUCUCCAAUGUAUGCCACCGUAAUAAAUCGCCAUGAAAGUUAUAUUUGGGUGGGACAUAUAUCAAACAAUGAGCUCAAAGUGAACGGUGGGGACAAGAUAAAUGUUGGUGCACACUUUUUAGAACACGGGAGUACCGAUGAUAUUCAUCUGAGGGUGCAGAAAAUAGGGGUUUACCUGGAGCAGGAAAAACUAGUCAAUGAAUUAGCCAAUUUUAUCACGCGUUCAAGUGAGUAUGACGAGGAUGUCAAGGAUGUCAGUCUUAUGCAAGACCAGGUUGGACUCUCAUCUGAGGAGAAUCGAUCUCGUAAAAGACUGAGGUCUAUCCCUGGGUUGAAAGAAUGCAAGAAAUUGAUGCCCUCGUAAACAGCUGCAUGGACAAGGAGAAACAAAAAGCAAUUGAAAAGCUAUAAAGCUGAAAUCAAGCAAAAGAUUGUAUAGAAGAGUGUCUGUUGGCGGUGCAAUAUGGACACCGCAUUUUCUCGUCAAUGUCCGAUCUGUAAAGCUUAGACCUCACCAACGCUAUUGAAAGUCAGAAAUUUGAUGGAUUCGUUGCAUGCGGCCUCACCCUCGCCUUCUCUCUCAUGUACACAAAGCUCAAAUUCCAUUAGGACAGAGAGCCAAAAGUAGCAUAGAAUCUAAAAUGGAUAUCUUUCUCUUACCACUUUUGACGUUGGGUCUCUUUCUGUUAAACAAGAGUCCUUGUCCCAAUCCAAUCCGCCACGUUUGCAAACAAACCAAAUCAUAUUUAUAUAUGUCAUCUUGUCUGUAAGAUAUAGAUGGGAAUACUUUGUAUCUCAGUAGGACUCUUUGUAAUCCAAUGUAUCAUACGUUUUCAAAUGAAUGAAUUUGUGCUACAGCUUCUACAAUUCAA